CCCAAAUCCCCUCCCCAUCUCCUCCUCUCUCCUACGCUCUCCGCUCCGCUCCUCCCCUCCCCUGCAGCAGCCGCGGCGGCGAGCUACUCCCUCAACCUAGGUAGAGCCAGGGAGAGAGAGAGAGAGGCGGCGGCAGCUUCUCCUUCUCCGUCGACCUCAUCUGACCAACGAGGGUUUCCGGCCGUCGCCAGUAAUGGAGAACGUGAGGUCUUUGAACCACAGGGGCGCGGCUAUGGAGGGCGUCAAGCUGGGUUCGGAGGCGGCGGCCAACACCAACCGCAGGGCCCUGAGGGACAUCAAGAACAUCCUCGGCGCCCCUCAUCAGCCCCAAGCCGUCAGCAAGAGGGGCCUGCAAGAAAAACCAGCCGCCGCCGGUGCCAAGAGCCAGCCUGGCGCCGUCGGUCACCGGCCGGUAACCAGGAAAUUCGCCGCUAUCCUGCAGCAAUCGCAGCCCGCAAACGCCCCGCUGGCACCAAGUGGCAGUGAGAGGCAGAAGAGAAAUGCUGACACCGCGUUCAAUGCUCCUUCAGACAUGGAGGCUUCAGAUGAUGACCUUGACGAGAUGAUGACAAAUGAGCUCAAGGAGAUCGACAUGGAAGAGGACACAGAAGAGGAGGAGGAAAUGCCUGACAUCGACAGCUGCGACGUCGGAAACUCCCUCGCGGUUGUGGAAUACCUCGAUGAAAUUUACAGCUUCUACAGGAGAACCGAGGAACUGAGCUGCGUGUCACCCACCUACAUGGCACACCAAUCUGACAUCAACGAGAAAAUGCGCGGCAUCCUGAUCGACUGGCUGAUUGAGGUCCAUUACAAGCUUGAGCUACUGGGUGAGACCCUUUUCCUUACUGUGAACAUCAUUGACAGAUACCUGGCCCGGGAAAAUGUCGCCAGGAAGAAGCUCCAGCUUGUUGGCGUGACAGCCAUGCUGCUGGCAUGUAAAUAUGAGGAGGUCAGUGUCCCGGUUGUGGAGGAUCUGAUCCUCAUCUGCGACCGCGCCUACACCCGGGAAGACAUUCUGGAAAUGGAGAGGAUGGUCGUCGACAGGCUUGAAUUUAACAUGUCUGUUCCUACUCCAUACUGCUUCAUGAGAAGGUUCCUCAAGGCAGCAGGGUCUGACAAGAAGCUGGAGCUGCUCUCCUUCUUCCUGAUCGAGCUGAGCCUGGUGGACUACAAGAUGCUCAAGUUCCAGCCGUCGAUGCUGGCGGCGGCGGCCAUCUACACCGCGCAAUGCACGCUGCACGGGUGCAUGUCCUGGAACAAGUGCUGUGAACUCCACACAAAAUAUUCUGAACAACAGCUCAAGGAGUGCAGCACGAUGAUGGUGGAGCUGCACCAGGGCGCGGCGGGCGGGAAGCUCACCGGGGUGCACCGCAAGUACAGCACCUUCAGGUACGGGUGCGCCGCCAAGUCGGAGCCCGCCGCCUUCCUGCUCGACGCCAGGGCCUGACCGACAACUUACGUCGCCGUGUCCCGUAACAAAACCGCUAAAGAAGAAGAGGUGGUGGUGUACAUUGAGGGUGCUCUGUUGUUCUCUGAUGAGAUUUACACCAAGGAAGAAAGGGAGACCAACGUUUCGCUGUUGGCCGCGUCGCGUGAGUUUUUUACUUGCUCUCUCGGCAUAACUUAACAUCGAUCCUGUCCGAGUUGAGUCGAGUUGCGUUGUGUGUUGUUGUUGAUGGGUUCUUCCAAUUACAUGUGUUGGAAAUGUGUUGUGUAUUUAAUUCUUGGGUUUGUUUGUGCGAUGAUGACUGCCUGCAAAACAACUUGCAAAUAAACAUUGAUUGAAUUUCCUUCCUCCCAA